GUCCAUUUUCUUCUUUCUCUCUUCAUAUCCAUUUGAUUUUAACAAUGGCCAAGGAUCAAAAGACCACCAAGCGCUCCACCCUCGCUGAUGUCGUUACUCGUGAAUACACCAUUCACAUGCACAAGCGUGUCUUUGGCCGUGCUUUGAGAAAGCGUGUUCCUCAUGCUGUCAAGGCUGUCAAGGAAUUUGCUCAAAAGGCUAUGGGUACCUCUGAUGUCCGUCUCGAUCCUGCUUUGAACAAGGCUUUGUGGGCUCGUGGUGUUAAGCACAUUGAUCACCGUAUCCGUGUUCGUAUUGCUCGUAAGCGUAACGAUGAUGAAGACGCCAAGGAAAAGCUCUACUCCUAUGUUACCUACGUUCCUGUUGCUUCCUUCAAGGGUCUUGAAACCACUGUUGUCGAUGACGAAUAGAUUUAACUCUUAGGAUAUUCAAUAAAAUAUGUUUCUUUUUUCCCUUUA